UUGACGCUCUGGAGAGAUGAAUGAAUGAGUGAGCCUCAUGGAUCGUGGGGAAUAAUCAGAAACAAUAUGAACUUUUCUUUCUGAUCGUUGAUCGUUCCCAGUGGAGCACAUUUUUUUUUUUUUUUUUAGAAUUUAUUGUUUGUUUUUUUUGUCUUUUUUCCCGCGUGCAUCAGUCAGGAGGAUCCUCGCGUGAACCCUUCAGUGGGAUAUCUGGUGUCUGCAUGAAGAGGCUGAGAGGCUGGCUGUGACUGAGGCGACCCUCCAUCUCCAUCAGGCGUUCCACCGGCAGCAGGAGGAAGAGGAAGAGGAGGAAGAGGAAGAAGAGGACCGCGGCUGCAGGAUGAAGUGAAGCUGAACAUUUGAGUGUUUUAUUUUUAGUGUCUGCAGGUGAUUAACUGUUGAAAUUUGGGGUUUGAAAACAGGCACGCCUUUUUGGAUUCUGGGAAUUUCAAGUUGAUGUGUCGGAAUGCUCUGAGAAGAUGUGACAUGUUCUGGAGAGAAGAUGCUCUAAAACAUGCUGCAUGGAGAAACCGGACACACAUUUCUCUCAUGCAUCGUGCAGAAGUGUUCCCAAAUUCCUCAUUGCAUGCAGCUUUAAAGUGGAACUCAUCAUCAUCUUUGACAUUUUCCUGUCUCGGAUUAGUCGUUUUUAGGAAUCCCCAAAAAUAAACUUGGCUCGGUGGAAAAAAAUUUGCACCGUUUGAUAUUUUUCUUCUCGUCUUUCUGGAGAUGUGAGUCCAGUGGAGUCCAGAGGAGACCAGAGACCAGAGGAGACCAGUGCGCACCACGCACGCAGAGUCGCCAACAAGGCUGCAACGCGCAAACCCAGUUUUGCACCGCCGGGCUUUGCUCUACAGCGUCGCAGCGACCAGUUCCUCCAUUAGUCCUCCAUCAGUCCUCCUCCAGUCCUCCGCUGUCUUUCUCUCUCUCUCUCCGCUGAAAUGCCUCCGUGUGCGCCGCUUCCAUCAAUGGCCAGUGGAUAGUGAUUCUCCAUGGUGGUCACCGCGGCCAGGUGGGCUCAGAGAAGGAGAAACCUCGGCUGUUUGGUCCACUAAAUCCUGGACACACCUUUUUUAAUGUCAGUCAAGAUCUCGGCUGGGUCGCCAUGACGAGCGAGGAGUGUCCUGUGCCGCUGGGGAGCAUUUCCUCAGCAGGGCCAGGGCUGAGCGAGGAAUACGGCUCGGCGCAGGACGAUGACAUCAUCGAGGAAGUGGGACUGGGUGACGACGUCAGCGUUGGCAGCGACCUGAGCGCCCUUGUGUUGCCCUUCCCGGAGCUGGCGCCCGUGGUCUUCUUCUGCCUCAAGCAGACCACCUGUCCUCGCAACUGGUGCAUCCGUAUGGUGUUGAGCCCGUGGUUCGAGAGGAUUAGCAUCAUGGUGAUCCUGCUCAACUGUGUGACACUGGGCAUGUACCAGCCCUGUGAGAACAUCGACUGCACCUCGGACCGCUGCCAGAUACUGCAGGCCUUCGAUGCAUUCAUCUACAUCUUCUUUGCGUUGGAGAUGGUGGUAAAGAUGGUGGCUCUCGGGAUCUUUGGCCGCCGCUGUUACCUGGGAGACACCUGGAACAGGCUGGACUUCUUCAUCGUCAUGUCUGGGAUGGUAGAGUACUCGCUGGACCUGCAGAACAUCAACCUGUCGGCCAUCCGCACAGUGCGGGUCCUCCGGCCCCUCAAAGCCAUCAACAGAGUGCCAAGUAUGCGUAUCCUGGUGAACCUGCUGCUAGACACUCUCCCCAUGCUGGGCAACGUGCUGCUGCUCUGCUUCUUCGUCUUCUUCAUCUUCGGCAUCAUCGGCGUGCAGCUGUGGGCGGGGCUGCUGAGGAACCGCUGCUACCUGGAGACCAACUUCACCAUCUCUUCAGGUAUGACCCCGCCUACUCCGUACUACCAGCCAGAGGAAAAUGACGAGCGCCCCUUCAUCUGCUCCCUGGCGUCCGACAACGGCAUCAUGUCGUGCAACGAUGUGCCGGCGAGGCGAGAAGGAGGACGCACGUGCUGCCUGGACAGGGAGGACGCGCUCCACAGACAGUCGCUGGGCUUGAGUCCCGAGCCGCUGGCCAACGGCAGCGGCCCCGGCGAGGCGGUGGGUCUGUGCAUCAACUGGAACCAGUACUACACUCGAUGCCACACGGGAAGUACGAACCCCCACAAAGGUGCCAUCAGCUUUGACAACAUUGUCUACGCCUGGAUCGUCAUCUUUCAGGUGAUCACGCUGGAGGGCUGGGUGGAGAUCAUGUAUUACGUGAUGGAUGCCCAUUCCUUCUACAACUUCAUCUACUUCAUUUUGCUCAUCAUUAUUGGUUCAUUCUUCAUGAUCAACCUGUGCCUGGUGGUCAUCGCCACCCAGUUCUCGGAGACCAAACAGCGGGAACACCAGCUGAUGCAGGAGCAGAGGGCGCAGUGCCUGUCCUCGUCCACCCUGGCCAGCAUGGCCGAGCCGGGAGACUGCUACGAGGAGAUCUUCCAACUGGUCUGCCACGUCCUCCGCAAGGCUAAGAGGAGGUCGGCGGCGCUCUACUACACGCUGAGGGGCAAACCCCCGCCAGCUGGUGGAGGCAGGGGUAACAGGCGUGGCGGAGGGAAUGUCAACGGAGAGCGGCAUCAUUCCAAGCACCCAAAAACCUCCCACUGUCCUCACCAAGCAAACAAACAGGACCACGGCUCUCCGCCGCUGGCCAACUCCAUCAGCUUGUCCGUCCCCCAGAACCCCGAGGACUGCCCUAUGUGUGCGUUAUCACUGGAGGAGGGGGUCAGGGCCGCGGGGGACUCCAACGCCAACGGGGAGGAAGACGAGGAGGAUGCGGUGAAAGAGACGGGCAAGGAAGAGAACCAUCUGGAGGAGAAGGGAGACGGAGAGAGGAAGAGGAAGAGGACGUGCUUUGGACAUUGUAUAGACAUUUGGAAUGACAUGAGGAGGAAACUUUGGGGUAUUGUGGAGAGCAAGUACUUCAGCAGGGGCAUCAUGAUCGCUAUCCUCAUCAACACCAUCAGCAUGGGCAUCGAGCAUCACAACCAGCCCGAGGAGCUGACCAACGUCCUGGAGAUCUGCAACAUCGUCUUCACCAGCAUGUUCACCCUGGAGAUGAUCCUGAAGCUGACUGCUUUCGGCUUCUUUGAGUACCUGAGGAACCCCUAUAACAUCUUCGACGGCAUCAUCGUCAUCAUCAGCGUGUGUGAGAUCAUCGGCCAGGCUGACGGCGGCCUGUCAGUGCUGAGGACCUUCAGGCUGCUGAGGGUCAUUAAGCUGGUGAGGUUCAUGCCGGCGCUGAGACGGCAGCUGGUGGUGCUGAUGAAGACGAUGGACAACGUGGCCACUUUCUGCAUGUUGCUUAUGCUCUUCAUCUUCAUCUUCAGCAUCCUGGGGAUGCAUAUCUUUGGUUGUAAGUUCAGUCUGAAGACGGACGCAGGAGACACGGUGCCUGACAGGAAGAACUUUGACUCCCUGCUCUGGGCCAUCGUCACUGUCUUUCAGAUCCUGACUCAGGAGGACUGGAACAUGGUGCUGUACAACGGCAUGGCGUCCACCUCGCCCUGCGCUGCUCUCUACUUCGUAGCUCUUAUGACGUUUGGAAACUACGUGCUCUUCAAUCUGCUGGUUGCCAUCUUGGUCGAGGGUUUCCAAGCUGAAGGCGAUGCGAACCGCUCUUACUCGGACGACGACAGGUCUUCCUGUAAUUUCGAGGAGAACGAUAAGCAGAAAGACUCUCUGCAGCUCUCAGACCCAAAGAUCUGCACACUAACUCCUAAUGGACACCUGGACUUGUCCCCGCUGCCCCACGGCCUGUAUCCAGGAGAGAGGUUGACCUUUGCUCUGGGCUCCAGGAAGAACAGCGUCAUUUCUCUGGGGAGGGCCAACUUGGAGCAGAGGGCCAUGUUUCCAGGUCGAGGUUACCACAACUGGGGCCGCCCGCUUCCCCCCCACGCUCAGGCCUUGUGGGCCCGUCGCUCCAGCUGGAACAGCCUGGGAGGAUGCCGGCCCUGCUCCUCCUCGUCUCCCUCCGCCAGCCCGGCCUUCACCCCCACCUCUGCGAGGCCCUUCUACGGCCACGGCCUGGGGGGUCUCGGGGGAGUGGUCGGAGGAAGCCUUCGUAUCCGGGGUCCCCGUGCCUCUUCAUCCCCGCACCGCCACCUCCACCUCCACCACAUCCAUCCGGACGAGGAGGAGUCUCUCCUCUCUCCUCCUCCCGCCGUCGCUCCACGCUCUCUUCACCUUCCCCAUCCCAUGCUCUCGGGUCCCUUUGUACCCAGGAGGGACCGCAGAGCUCUGUCAUUAGAGCUGCCCCACCCGCUGCAGGUCCCGGGACCCCCGCACCUUCCUCCGCUGCUGCCGCACCACCCGCUGCCCCCCGUGACGCUCCACGCUCACAGGAAGAAGAGCUUCUCUGGUGGGAUGGUGAUCAGUGGUGGUGGCGGUGGUGGCGGUGGCGGCGGUGGUGGGCUCGACAGUCUGGGUGGCUUAGGAGGGGUACAUCAAGACUGUAAUGGCAAGACUCCUCUGUCUCAGCUUCUCCAGCCUCCUCCUAGACACCACACUGAGCCGGCUGGAGGGCCCAACCCCCAGAGCCAGCUGAUGGCCGACGUCUUCCCCCAGGUUAACACACGCAGCAAGGACCGCGAGGACCUGGACGAUGACAUUGAAUAUAGCUUGUGCUUCCGCAUCCAGAAGACGUUAGAAGCGCACAAACCAGAGUGGUGUGAGAGCAGAGAGGACUGGUCCGUCUUCCUAUUCUCCCCACGGAACAAGUUCAGACAGAUAUGCCAGUCCAUCAUAGCCCAUAAGCUGUUUGACUACGUGGUGCUGGCCUUCAUCUUCUCCAACUGCAUUACAGUAGCUCUGGAGAGGCCCAAGAUCCUCCAGGGCAGCUUGGAGAGAGUCUUUCUCACCAUCUCCAACUACAUCUUUACUGCCAUCUUUGUGAGCGAGAUGGCACUCAAGGUGAUUUCCAUGGGUCUGUACGUGGGUGACCACUCGUAUCUCCGGAGCAGCUGGAACAUCCUGGAUGGCUUCCUGGUUUUCGUGUCUUUGGUUGACAUUGUGGUGUCCAUGGCGGGCGGGGCCAAGAUCCUGGGUGUGCUCAGAGUGCUCAGGCUGCUCAGAACGCUGCGUCCACUCAGGGUGAUCAGCAGAGCUCCAGGUCUGAAGCUGGUGGUGGAGACCCUCAUCACCUCCCUCAAACCCAUCGGCAACAUCGUCCUCAUCUGUUGUGCGUUCUUCAUCAUCUUCGGUAUUCUCGGGGUACAGCUGUUUAAAGGAAAGUUCUUCUACUGCUUCGGCCCCGACGUCAAAAACAUCACCAACAAGUCCGACUGUCUGCAAGCCAACUACAAGUGGGUCCACCACAAGUACAACUUUGACAACCUGGGACAGGCCCUGAUGUCCCUGUUUGUACUCGCCUCCAAGGACGGCUGGGUCAACAUCAUGUAUCACGGUCUGGAUGCUGUGGCUGUGGACCAUCAGCCGGUGACCAACAACAACCCGUGGAUGCUGCUGUACUUCAUCUCCUUCCUCCUCAUCGUUAGCUUCUUCGUCCUCAACAUGUUCGUCGGCGUGGUGGUGGAGAACUUCCACAAGUGCCGACAGCACCAGGAGGUGGAGGAGGCCAAGAGGCGCGAGGAGAAGCGUCAGCGGCGCAUGGAAAAGAAGAGGAGAAAAGCCCAGAAGCUGCCCUACUUCUCCAGCUACGGAAGCGUACGCCUGAUGAUCCACACACUGUGCACAAACCACUACCUGGACCUCAUCAUCACCUUCAUCAUCGCCAUCAACGUCAUCACCAUGUCCUUAGAGCACUACAGUCAACCUCGUUCUCUCGAUCUCGCCCUGAAGUACUGCAACUAUUUCUUCACUUCCACGUUCGUGCUGGAAUCAGUACUCAAACUCAUCGCCUUCGGCUUUCGCCGCUUCUUCAAAGAGAGGUGGAACCAGUUGGACCUCGCCAUUGUGCUUCUGUCGGUGAUGGGCAUCACCCUGGAAGAGAUCGAGAUCAGUUCUGCCCUGCCCAUCAACCCCACCAUCAUCAGGAUCAUGAGAGUAUUGAGGAUAGCAAGAGUGCUGAAGCUGCUGAAGAUGGCGACAGGAAUGAGAGCCCUACUGGAUACGGUGGUCCAAGCCCUGCCUCAGGUGGGUAACCUGGGCCUGCUCUUCAUGCUGCUGUUUUUCAUCUACGCCGCCUUAGGAGUAGAGCUAUUUGGAGAACUUGUCUGCAACGAAGACUACCCAUGUGAGGGAAUGAGUCGUCACGCUACCUUUGAGAACUUUGGCAUGGCCUUCCUUACCUUGUUUCAAGUCUCCACGGGCGACAACUGGAAUGGCAUCAUGAAGGACACAUUGCGGGAGUGCCCACCGGAUCACGGCACUAACGUGGAGUACGCCUGCAACCCUAGCCUUCAGUUCAUCUCGCCCAUGUACUUUGUCUCCUUCGUGCUCACCGCCCAGUUCGUGCUCAUCAAUGUGGUGGUGGCCGUGCUGAUGAAGCACCUGGACGACUCCAACAAGGAGGCCCAAGAGGAGGCGGAGAUGGAUGCAGAAAUUGAGCUGGAGCUGGCCCAGGGCACCCUCUGUUGCAUGGGCGCCCCCAGCUGUGGGGGUGGGAGGGUAGAGAAAGGACUGAUCGCCGCCGGACCCGGAGGCACGGCGGGGGGGAAGGACAGAGGAUGUGCGAGUGGAGAGGGGAGGGGAGACAGAGUCAGGAAGAUGCGACAUUCAGCGGGCAGUGCGCACUCGGGAGCGUACAGCUUCCGUGACUCCAGCCGGACCCUGUACUCACCAGCACAAGAGAGCCAAUGGCUGGACAGCGUGUCUCUUCUGAUCAAGGACACGUUGGAGGGGGAGAUGCUGAUGAUCGACAACCUCUCUGGUUCUGUCUUCCACCACUAUUCCUCUCCUACACCAAUCUGCAGAGAUUGCAAGAGCCACCCACAAGAGCAGAUCAGGUUGGCAGAGAUCGAGCAGGCGUCGCUGAAGUCGGAGCAACUGUCGGACAAGUCCUCGUCCCCCGCCCUGCCAGAUGACCUCAGCCUGGACGAACACACCGCCUACCAGCUGCUGGCACAAGAGAGCAAGGGGAGGUGCAGCAGUGACUCCCACAGCUCGGAGGAGGCCGGUGGAGGUGGAGGGAGUCAGACGGUGGUGCAGAGCCAGGUGCAAGGGGGGUCGGGCCAGCCGUGCCGGGCCCUCGACGCCGCCAUCGAGGUGGAGGCCGCCAUGCAGGAGAUGGAGAUGCAAACACACCAAGCACAUAUGUGCUCACCUCACUGUAGCCCUGGUGGUGUUUCCAGCAGCAGCAACAAGAAGGAAAGAAACAAAGGAGGAGGAGGAGGAGGAGGAGCCAGUGGCAUUUCUCCUCUCUUCCAUCUGCCUGCAGAGUUCUUCCACCCUGCAGGAGCAGCCAUCCCAGCACCCCCCCGCAGCAGGAGCCUACGGUUGUCCAGGGGCCUUCGGCUGACCUCCCCAGACUCCUGGGCUUCGCUCCGCUCCCCAGGAGCCCACAGCAAGAUGCUCUGUUCACAGUACCCGUCCCGCAGUGACUCGUCCCUCGCUACAGGCAGCUCUGAGGGCAGCCUCCAGACCACCCUGGAGGAGGGACUGAGCUUCAGCGUCUCUCCACCACAGAACCUGGAGUUGCCCUUGCCGGCAGCUCCCUUACCGCUCGUGUGCCCGCUCCCGCUGCCCGAAGACGGCACCGCCAUCUCCUCCCCGGUCCAGACCCUGAGACCGAGGCCGUGCCCCUCCUCGGCCCUCACCCUCCAGGCCACCCGGGGCCACCAGCGGAGCCAAAGCAGCGGCCGAGGUAGCACCAGCCCGGGCUACACCCGCGACGACUCCAUCGAUCCUUCGGACGAGGACCUGGGCAUCGGCAUCGGAUCGUCGAUCGGCGGCUGCGGCUCCAGCCAAGCGGGCAACAGCGAACACUUAUCGGAGACGCUGAGCAGCUUGUCGCUGACAUCGCUGCUGUCGCCCAGCUCCCUGGUGUACCCGGGAGGGCUGGUGAAGAAGUGCAACAGCACAGGCAGCCUGGAACAAGGGGGGAUGCUGCUGUCGUCGCGGGGCAGGGAGGGCCGACGGGAGAUUCUGGGCUUGGAGCUCAUGGACCCCCAAGGCUUCUUGGCCAACCCCUGGACGGGGGUAUUAGUAGAUACAAGAAGAGGAGAAGGGGAAAUGGGCGACGGCGAGCAAGGGUUCAAAGGGAAGAGCUCGAGCCAAACAACAGUAGGGCCUUGUCGGAAAAACAGAUGAAACCUGCUGUUCGCUCUUCCUUUGUCUCUCCAUUCCUUGGAUCUAAACCCAUAGCUGUCCCUCUCACUCUCUCUGCUUCCAUCAGUGAGAGAGAGGCCUGAUGACACACGAUGUCCCGUAUUCCAAAACCAAACCCUCAUCUUGCCCCCUCAACCCCUUUCUAUACAUUUGUGACAAGCAUAUGUCCUAUUUUGUGCUACCUACGGGAGUGGUCUUGGUUGAGGAAGUAUCCUGCACAUUUAAGGCCCAAGGGGCCGAAGAUGGAUCCUUACACCCUCUUCGGGGCGGUAGCUGUAGGGGAGGACACGCUCACAUUGGAAGACCAGGAUGCCCGUUCAUAUCAGGGAGUCGACAGGAGCAGAGACAACAGAGCUUAAACUCACUAGAAAGAGUCUUGCGGUUGCUCUACUCCUUUUCCCCGUGUCGGCUUGGGUUCACUGAGGUUGAAAAUGCAAAAAUAGAAACUGAAAUCGCGAUCCAUGCCAACAGAGACCGUUUUGAUUGGUUUACGUCUCGGAUGGCAGUGCAGCAAGUAAGUGGGAGGAGGCUCGGGAAAUAUGUUUAGGAAGGAAGGAAGGAAGGAAGGCUGGGAAAAGGAGAAGGCAGGUCAUUUGUUUGGCCCGGGGAAAGCAGAAAGCGGAUCUAAUGUCCAUCUGUUCUGGCAGACGGAAACAACAGGUCCUACUCACUCUGGCGCUGGACCUUCUGCUGAGUUCAGAGUAAAAACGCAAGGUGGAGGAGAGUUCAAGAGUGUGUGUGUGUGCUCGUAGUGUGUGUGUGUGUGCCUCAGGUAUCCAAGGCAUGAAUUCCUAUCGUUCUCAUCACUUCACCAUACCUCUGUAGAGACGGGAGGUGUUGACUGAUGGAAGCUCCGUGCCUGGGUCAACUCAGUCUUUGAGUGGCAGCGGAAAAAAUGAAAAGAAAUUGAGGACUUGCGGAGGUAUAACCGUGCAUGGACUGACUCGUGAAAUUGGUUCUUUUCUAUCUCUCACAAACAUGAGGAAACGAAAGAGAGGUUCGGAUGGAGCUUCAUCAGAAGAAACAAUAACGUGUGCGCCAAAAAAAAAAAAGAAAUGCUUCACAGCUACUUAAUAAAGUGAGACCUCAAGCACACUCCACUUCCUCUCACCACGCUUAAGGAUUUAGCGACGAAUGGACGCGAGAGUUGCGCGGGACCUCGACUGCAUGAUGGAAUUGCAUUUAACCAAGAUUUUUUUUUUUUUUUUGUAUCUAUAUACAGAAGUGUAUCAAGAUGUCAAUGUUGGGUGAUAACCAUGUGAUUUCUAUUCCACUAUUUUUGUAGAAAAAGAGAAUAGGCACGUGCAAGUGUUGCCGUUACUUUGUCCCCUGUUUCAUUUGAACCCCGUAUGACUUGUUGUCUAGGACUUUUUUGUCUGCCAGUGGCUUCCAGUUUUAUAACAUUUUUUAAGGUGUGGGAAAACAACGAAGCAAAAAAUUUCAAAACUCUGUGUGCACUGAAGUGAUUUGUUCCCUCCAGCACAUUUUCUCUUUGGGAACACCGGUUUCCUCGUGGAUCUCUUUUUUUUUUCUUCAAAUAUGGGCGAGAUGAGAACAGCCAUAUUCACUCAGCACACGAGGAUCAUUCCUGGCUGCACACAGGGAACUUUGUUUUCUUUUUUUAGCCUCCUAUGCUAACCAUGAAUAGCAUAAACCAUCUCUACGAAAGCUUUAAUUUGACACCACAAUAACAUAUCGAUUACGGACACAUUUCGUGUUCCUUAAGCAUGGUUCUAGGAUUGCAAUACAGUAUGCUUUUUUUUUUUUUCUUGAACUGACACCAUGAUGCACUCAUCUUCUCUCCACACACAUGUUGUAGCAACCCUUUCACACACACACGGUGAACAAAUGUUUUAAUGCAAAGCUUAUUUCGGCUUCUGUCGCUCCAUCCAAAAAAAGGAGACGCUCAUCUUUAAGCCUGAUUUCCAGAGGUAGACUGUUGUAUCCUCAGUGUUUUCAUCAUUACCUUGUUUCAUUUCUCAAAAAGAAUGAGGUGAUGUGAGAGGGUUUGACCUUUUUUUUAUCAUGCAAAAUCACUUUGAUGACUAUGUUUUAUCACAUGGUGUUGGGUAUUAAUGAGUGAUAGUGUGUGGGAGUGAGUGUGUGUGUGUGUGAGUGUGUGUGUUUAUGACUUCAGGUGAAGUGAUUUGCCUUGUCCUGAAGUGUCCUGUUUUUGUCAGCGAGGAGAUUAAGGGUUGAAGAGGGGAAAACGCGAAGCAAACCAAGGGCUGUUUUAGCUUCAAAGAUAUGUCCUCCGAUCUUUCUGAGACAAAUCCUUGUGUCAGUGAACAUGGCAUCAAAGGUUAAAGCCUGACUACGCAGCAAUAAAUGUUCUAUGUGUAUGCCCUGAGUAAAUGAUGUCAAUGUGAUUUUUAUCUCCUCAGAACGCGACGGUAUUCCUUUACUGUCUGUUGAUUUUUUUGUGCUUCUACUCGUCUGAACUUUACAACCAAUCAGAUAGCACCUCUGCCCUCUCGGAGGCCAAUCAGUAAAGAGAGAGACGGGCCGCGAUUGGACGACAUGAACAAAUGAGGUUGUUGAACUCAGGUCGGGGGGUAAAAACCACUGGUGAAAUUUUAAAGCUAGCUGUGAAGGUGUGCUCAGACUGAGCGCCGAGCGGAUUUUUCACUUCGCUUUAUUCGCACAAAUUUUGGACUGCUGUAGUGUUUGUACGCCGCAAACAGCCACAGUCCAGAUGUUAGCUGUAACUACCUAGCAUUAGCAAUGCACCGACUGUGUGUGUGAGCAGCAGUGUGCCUUUGUACAGUAUCUGUGUGCUACACGAUCUGUUCUUUUCCUCCAGACUGUAUGUCCAAUAGCUCGGGAUAAGCACACUUGUUUGUUUGUUUUGCUAGAGUUUCAACUUGUGCGGACGCGUUUUUGCUUCAAUUCACGCCCCCCCCGAGCAAACCUUUCGUCCGACUCUACACUGAAUUCGUAUGCAAUCACGCCGCCUCUAAAAUUCUCUCCGCCUUCAGUCUGAACACACCUUAAGAGUGUACAAUUCACAUUUGUACAUAUCUUUGUAUUUUGAUCUGCAUGUGUGCAUUGCUGCCAGUGACCAUGAUUAUAUCGUUAGUAUGCAUUUCAUAAAGUUGUACAAAGUUAAA